CCGAGCAAAGUGAAGUUUUGUAAGUGCUCUGUCGUCGCGGACUUUCCUCCUAAAAUAUCGUUUCUUGCGUUCUCGUUUCCGUAAAAAUCAUCCGAAAAGUGUCUCUCGAAAAUUCAUAAAGUUUACCGUUAUAUCAUCGCGACUGAAUGCUAAUCGUGCUGCUGGAGAGAUGCAUUUUUCGCGUGCACGUCAUCAAAAUCUGCAGCCAAAAUAAAGAGUGAAAACAAAGUCAUGUCUAACUUUCAAUUCGGUCAGUUUUCCGUAAAUCUUGACAUUUCGUGACGUCUCUGCUCCAAUAAGGUUCUGCAAUACGCCUGCCUGUAGCGAUAUUGCCCUUGUGCGCGCAGCAUUAGCGUAGAUUUAAAGGAACACGAUUCCGCCAAGGUGAAGGUCGGCCAAGAUACGCAUCUCCAGUGAAGAUUGCCUUGUCCGGGUCGAAAUAGUAAAAGUGCGCUGGCACCAGCAUACGCUCUGCUACGUAAUAGUGCUCUUUCGCGACCCGCGGCCCCUACAAAGCUGCCAGGAAAAUGCUUAUCCGGUAAAAGCGCUCGCAUGACGAAGAACUCUAUGUGACACGGUCGUCACCACGCUCGCCUUCAAUUAUUCAUUGCGGAAAGUAAAAGUGUUUAGCGGUAAAAUUGCCUUUGUGGAUCAUUCACCUUGUGCCGUCAUCGCGUCAACGUUCCCAAACCGCUUAGUGCCGCCCCGGCUACGAUGGGCAUUUGUCUGUGUAAGGACAAGGUCGAAGAUGGUCUGCCGCCAAAUGAACCGUUGUCAGGACAAACAGUCUCCAGCGGCUCGGAUCAGCCUUUGCCGCGAUAUUGCGCACUCGAGCACUACAACAAGAAGACAUUGCGAGAAACCGUCGACCAGCUGGUGGUGGAGACGUUGGACGUGAUUGGGACGAUAGUAGACAACGAGCCUGAACCGCCCAGUUCGAUGGUCCUCCUGCACAUAAUCACUGACAAGCCGGCCGGCUGGAUACAACUCGUGCAGUCGCUGAUCCGCGUCGUUCCCGUCGAACACCCGAUGGGCCCGAGCGUUAUUGCCUUACUUCUGGACGAUAGUCCUCUACCGACCAAAGAAUCCGUUCUCGAGGUGGCCGAUAUGAUAACCAGCUCUCUGGGACGAACGCCGCGAAAGGAGCGGAAUCUAUGCGUGAUAUUGGGCUGCCUGGCGGAGAAACUGGCGGGACCAAGCAGUAUUGCAAUGCUGUCCGAGACGACGCUCUCCUAUUUGAUCGGCAACUUGGAGGAUGGUGUCAAUCCGGACGUGCAAUUGCUAUCGUUAAUUGCUCUUGAGAAAUUUGCUCAAACUAGUGAAAAUAAGGCGACAAUAAAGAGGACGCUGGCGAAUCAUCCACACAACCCAUUACUGCGGCUAGAAACCAAGGCGAACAGCAGCGACUUCAUAACGAGGCAAAUUGGAUUCUGUGCGCGAUGGUGUCUGGAUAAUUAUUUUACUGUCGAAGGUCGAAAUUAUUCAUACGAAACAGUUGAUGUUUCAAAUGUAAACGUUAUGUUAAAUACAAAAGACGUAAGCGAAUAUCUGAAAAUCUCACCGGACGGCUUGGAGGCUCGAUGUGAUGCGUACACUUUUGAGAGUGUUCGAUGUACGUUCCAGGCGAGUUCCGGAUGCUGGUAUUAUGAAGUUCUAAUCAUAACACCGGGCGUAAUGCAAAUCGGUUGGGCAACAAAAGAUUCAAGUUUUCUAAGCGACGAUGGCUAUGGUAUUGGUGAUGAUAAAUACUCAAUUGCAUUUGAUGGGUGUCGUCGUUUAAUUUGGCAUAAUGCAAAGUCAAUAAGUCACCAAUUACCCGUAUGGCAUUCGGGUGCAAUUUUAGGCUGUUUAUUAGAUUUAGAUACACACGAAGUUAUAUUUAGUUUAGAUGGCGUUGAGAGUCCAGUGUUCAAGCAAGUUUUUAAUAAUGCAGUGAGCGGAUUCUUCGCUGCAGCUAGCUUUAUGUCGUUUCAGCAAUGUAGAUUCAAUUUUGGGGCAGAACCAUUUAGACAUCCACCCAAAAAUAGAAAUUUUAAGAAUUUUAAUGACAAUGCAACGUUGAAAGCCCAAGAUAAGGUUGUUCUUCCUAGACAUAUUUAUUUAGAGAAGCUCAGAAAAGUUAGUGUACGUGAUGAUUCCUGUACGAUAUGCUUCGAUAAGAAGGCCACAAUGCGGUUGGAACCAUGUAAACACAGGGGUUUCUGCAGCAGUUGUAGUCACCAAUUACAAUACUGCCCAAUGUGUCGGGCCGAUAUCGAAUGCGUUUUUCAGGAGGAAAUUGACAGUCCCGUCGUUGAAGAGUUCAUAACAUGAUAUCGCUACUUCGUAUAAGAGCAAAAAACUAUAACAAAAAAGAACAAAAAUCAUAUUCGCUAUAUGUAUUGUGCCGCUUUAAAGACAUUGCAGAGAUUUCCGAGAAAUACUUAAUCGAAUUAUCAACUUUUCUCAGUAUCAAAUCCAUGCAAAGUAACAUUCACGAUUAUUCCUACAAGUACUACUGAAAACUUCCAUUUUUUUCACAGAAAAUACUAAAAUCAUGAAAUAGAACACACAGAAACAGGUUUUAACAAAAAUUUAGAAAUUUUAAUUAAUGUAAAUCGAAUAAGUGGCAAGAAGUCGGGCGGUUGAUGGAUUAUUGAUGGAAUGGGGGAGAGAAAUGAAAUAUAUAUUUUUAUGCGCAAUGCAAAUAUAUCAGUGAAGAACGUCGAAGUUUAUCGAGAAAAUAUGACAAUUUCGAUGGUUCUCAAGUCGAAAAAGUAUUCAAAUUCAAAUAGAUUCAAAGAUACAGACGAACCCAACACAGGACUCAUCUAUUCUCCGAAGAUAUCGGAGAGGCAGUAUUGAAUGCAAAUCAAUAACUUAAUAGCUCUGAAUGUGUAUUUGUUUGUCACCUUAUGGCUACGUGAAAAAGAUCUGAAUCUAGAAAGUACGUUCCGCAUUGUAGUCAUUUGUAAAUAUCAUCAAAUUGUUGUUUGAUUACGCUUAGUUUCGUUGUUGAAUUGAAGUCCUUUGUAAAUUUUGUACAUUGUAAAGACAAGAAAAGUUUUGAAAUUA